AUGCCUGCCGGCGCAGGCCUCGCGGCCACCAGCGAUGUCAAUCGCAUCGAGGCCCCUGUCACCUGGAAGGCCUACCUCCUAUGCGCCUUCGCCUCGUUUGGCGGUAUCUUCUUCGGUUAUGAUUCCGGAUACAUCAACGGUGUCACCGGAUCAAGUGUCUUCAUUCGACUCGUCGAGGGCCCUGACCAGGAUGCUCUCCGCGGUUCCUACCAGUCCCUGAUCGUCUCCAUCCUGUCUGCCGGUACUUUCUUCGGUGCACUCAUCGCUGGUGAUGUCUCCGACAUCAUUGGCCGCAAGUGGACCAUCAUCUCGGGCUGUCUCAUCUACAUCGUCGGUUGCGUUCUGCAGGUCGCUACUGAGGGCGGCCAGUCUGAGGUCCUCGGCCUGAUCGUCAGCGGUCGUCUCAUUGCAGGUAUCGGUGUCGGUUUCGAAUCCGCCAUUGUCAUCCUGUACAUGUCCGAAAUCUGCCCCAAGAAGGUCCGUGGCGCCCUCGUCGCCGGAUACCAAUUCUGUAUUACAAUCGGUCUCCUCCUCGCCUCGUGCGUCAACUACGCCGUCAAGAACCGUGUCGACAGUGGCUCGUACCGCAUUCCAAUCGCCCUCCAGUUCGCCUGGGGUCUCAUUCUGGGCGGCGGACUCUUCUUCCUGCCAGACUCGCCACGUUACUUUGUCAAGCGCGGUCGCGUGGAGCAAGCGCGCAGCGCCUUGAGCAGUCUCCGUGGCCAGCCAGCAGAGAGCGAGUACGUCGAGGCCGAACUCGCUGAGAUUGUCGCCAACGAGGAAUACGAGCGCUCCGUCAUCCCAGCUGGCGGAUGGUUCCAGGGCUGGAUGAACUGCUUCACUGGUUCGGUCUGGAAGUCCAACUCCAACCUCCGCAAGACCAUCCUCGGUACCUCUCUCCAGAUGAUGCAACAGUGGACCGGUGUCAACUUCAUCUUCUACUACUCGACCCCCUUCCUGCAAUCGACCGGCGCCAUCGACAACGUGUUCUUGAUCUCCCUGAUCUUCACGCUCGUCAAUGUCUGCUCUACGCCAAUCUCGUUCUACACCGUCGAGAAGCUCGGCCGUCGUCCUCUGCUCGUCUGGGGUGCCCUGGGCAUGUUGGUUUGCCAGUUCAUCGUCGCCAUCGUUGGCGUGACCGUCGGCUUCAACAAGACCCACAUGGUUGGAACUGGUGAAGAUGCCGUUGCGGUGGCCAACAACGUGUCGGCUGUCAACGCCCAGAUCGCCUUCAUUGCCAUCUUCAUCUUCUUCUUCGCCUCCACCUGGGGACCUGGCGCCUGGAUCGUUAUUGGCGAGAUCUUCCCUCUGCCAAUCCGUUCGCGUGGUGUCGCUCUCUCGACCGCCUCCAACUGGCUCUGGAACACCAUCAUUGCCGUCAUCACCCCAUACAUGGUCAACGAGGACGAGGGCAACCUCAAGUCUAGCGUCUUCUUCAUCUGGGGUGGUCUCUGCACAUGUGCGUUCGUGUACUCGUACUUCUUGGUGCCGGAGACCAAGGGUCUGUCCCUCGAGCAAGUCGACAAGAUGAUGGAGGAGACCACCCCACGAACCUCGGCCAAGUGGAAGCCAACCACCACCUUCGCAUCCGAGAUGGGCAUGAAGGAGGGCGAGAAGCUGGAUGUCGAGGUGACCGCGGACGUCGAGCGGAAAGGCAGUGUCUUCUAG